UCUCAUUCGAGAAAUCCUCAGCUUCCUGGCUUGCAGCGGCAUCUUAUACAUCUCUCACAUCGCCUCCACCACUAAUCGGUACCUCAAUAAGUACUUCCGAAUCACGAUAGUUCCAUGACGAUUAGGCAAAGCAUAUCUUCCAUGCCUUCGGCUUCAGUGCGUCGGACAUGCUCAGAGGAUACUGCAACUUCCUCAUCAAAUCAUAAUUCAAAUCCCAUAACUUCAUCCUCCGGCUCAAGCGUUGGAAUCGAAUUUCCGUCGGCGGCCACCCAUCACAUUGCUCCAGACGCGGAGAAUGUUCACGUUUCAGCUCAAGAAACCGCCCCCUCCCAAUUUCACUUCCCCGCUGUUGGACCACCACUAGUUGAAUCUACAACGUUUUCCACUGGACCAAUGGACGACACCCCAAGUCGAUCGAACCGAACACCACUGGAUCGCAGAAUUUCACUUCCGCUGCUUGGGAUUGAUUUAGGCCGAUCUGGACCAUCUUACGGCCAGACUUUGAAGAGGAUGAGUGUCGCGGUCUAUGGUGUUGCUAGCAAUGCGUUUGAACCAAAGGACAACAACGCCAUGAAGGACUAUGACUCAAGACCACACUCAUUCUCUACAGACCGUGCCUCUGGCCACUCAGCUCAUCUUGCAGAAACGAAUUCAAGACCCACUGUUAGCAUCUCAGCUUACGGCGAGGGAUCGAUAACUCAAAGUUAUGACAGCUAUGGAAGUUCUAAUUCGGCCCAUAGUGCAAGCCUACACGAGAAGAACGAAUUUGAAAGUCAUAUGCCACCUUCACAUCAAUCAACACUAACGGCGGUCCAAUCUAUCUGUUCGGGUCGCAGUAAAUCCAUACGAAGCUCUAGACCGCCCGGUCUCAAGUCCCAGCGCGACCUGAAAGCACGGAAUGUGAAUCUGCCUUUCAAAACCAAUGUAAAAUAUCCACUCAAAGGGCCCAAGCAAGACGAAGCCAGAUCACAAAAUUCCACUCUUCACAGCUCCUCGGACCCACAAGCUAAUGGAUAUAAUUCAUUUGACAUGGUUUCAAGUGCCAACAACUCGCGAAAUUCUUUGGAUUUUCCAUCACCUCCCCUUGACGAAGCUCUCUGCCAAAAAAACUGCAAAAAGCAGCGACAGAUCGUGAGGGAGCUGAUCGAAACCGAGAGGCGCUACUUUGAAUUGUUGAACAAAAUUCAAACCAAUUAUAUUUUACCUAUUCAAGCUUCCCACCAGACAAAUGAUUACCAGAAAUUCAUUUUAUCAAAAAAAACUACAGUGAAUAUUUUCUCAAAUUUUGCUGCCAUUCUUGGUCUCUCCGGACAAUUUUUGGCCAGCCUGGAAAACUUCGGACGAAUUCACAAACUGUUUGAUCAACCUGUACCUCCUCAGUCAGCUACACUUGAGACGGCGUCCGACAGCUCCCAAAAGCUGCAACCAUUGCACUUUCCCAAAGCUGAAAGUUCCGCGAUCAAGAGGCUGAAUAUCGGAGAGACUUUGACAGAAUUUUUACCAUUUUUCAAACUGUAUACAACAUUCACCAGCAACUUUUCUGUUUCGCAAUCUACACUUCAUCUUCAUUCGGCUAAACGUGGGCCCAGCCCAGCAUUUUUCAAUCUCCUGGAAGAUUGUCGUCGACGCGGUGUUGAUAAUGGCUUAGGGCUAGCGCACAUGCUCCUCGGUAUCAUUCAACGCGUACCUCGCUAUGAACUACUGAUAAAGGAGCUCCUCAAAUAUUCCGCACAAACCGACUCGGAUUAUCGGCAUCUUUUGUCAGCCCAAACUAUGGUUGGAUGCGUUGCAAGGCGUUUGGAAAUCGGAAUGAACGAGCAAGCCGCAACAAAGACUAUCCUCACGAUUCAACGUGCUAUGGAAGGACUUGCGUUCCCGCUAGUCAUUCCCAGUCGUAAAUUGGUCAAAAUUGGCCAACUGAAAAAAAUUGGCCGGAAGGGAGACUUACAAGAUAGGGUUUUCUUCCUUUUUAACGACUGUUUGAUUUACUGCGGCAUCCUGAAAAACGGGAAUGCGGAAUCUGUGGAAAAGUGGCUAGGACAGCUUGCUGCAUCCUUUAAAGACCCCAGUAGCGCUGGCAGUCUUCCCACUGGCCCUGUGAAUGCAUUGACAAUGAAACACAUUUCAACAAGUUUCCUGUUGCCGUUCACGCAUGGAGACGACAACUCGCCUCGUUUGAUCUUUUGUCGUAAGAUGAAUUUGCAUGACGUAACUACGGUCGGCGCAGUUGGUGGUCGGAAGAAUGAAUACUUUACCGGGUUCCAAAUAAUUUCAUCGGCUAAAAGUUUUGUUGUGUAUGCAAACAAUGCAACUGAAAAGGAGAACUGGAUUAGCACCUUAAGGGAAACCAAGAGCGAAUUGCUUGACAGUCGAAGAACAUUACAUAUUAAGGAAGAAUUUAGUGAUUCCGAUAACACUUCACAAUCCAGCAAACUUAGUUCUAUCCUUGAAGGCCCAGCUUCUCGUGGAUACUCGUGGCUUUCGCUUGCUUCCAGCGAAGAGGAUUCCAAUUCAGCGCCUGCUGACAAAUUGACUGAAAGAACUCCCCAGAAGCCAAAGAACAAGCCUUCGGGGCUAUCUUUCCCCGCGCUUGCACAUUACAGAUCGCCCGGGAAUGGCUCAAUGUUUACCAACCUCCUAUCGCCUCGUGCAAGGCUUUAUUCCACCCCUUCGAAAUCAUCUAUCUUUAACUGGAAGCCGUCGGUCAACUUGAGCAUCCCACCCCUAGCCAACCAAAUGACUCAAAUUCUUGAAGGCAUACAAGAAGCCCAUGCUGGAUCCAUAUCUGAGCAGAUGAGCCCGCGGGUCGAACCAGCUGUCUUGCCCGAGCUGAAAACUUCCAAUCACACACAAAACCAACUCAACGACCAACCCGAGGCUCCAAGGAAACAAUUUGGAAUGAAAUAUGUUGCGGAGAACUAUUGCGCACCUGUCUGGGUUCCUGAUAACCAUGUUCACAGAUGUAUGGGGAAAUGCCAGGCCGGGUUUAGCGUUCUUAAGAGAAGGCAUCACUGUAGGUUGUGUGGUGGAGUGUUUUGUUCGAGUUGUUCAUCCAGGCUUUUUGUGAUCAGGAACCAAGAGCAAGGCGAUCAGCUAGCCAGAGCCUGUGAAGCUUGCUUCCAGUCAGUAUUCUUGGACGUUCAUGAUGGGAAAGCAAAGCAAACGACGGGAGAUGAUGGAUUUUAUCGGCCCAUAUUGUCCAAUAGACCGCACGACGAUCAAGAUCUAGUACUCCGAAGAGAAAGGCCCCAUCUCAGACAUGCGCAUCGUCAAAGUCUCCCCAUGGACUUGGGCUCGGCGCACUUUCGGCACAGCAGUCUAGCUAAUCUCCGAGAAGAUGACCAGCGCCGUUCAAUCGUAUCUACAGUAACGAGUGUGGGAAGUGACACGGGCUGUGGAGUCACAAAAGCUGAUGAGCUGAACGAUUUCUCAAAAAAUGAGCUGAAUUCACUCGAAGAAGUCUCCAAGGACACUCCCAGCUCGAUACCAAGCCCUUCCCCAGCACCCUCGCAGACGCACGCGCGUCAAAGGCUUACCAGUCUUCUCCAAAGUCGAUCUCGUUAACAAGUAGAUAGAUCUCUUCAACAUAUAUCGAUCGUCGCUGUCUUUGACAAAUCAUAUUUAUCCACAUCAUGCCUUACACCCGGUGCCAAUCUUGUUUGUUGAGAAGAAUCACUUCAUUCAAUUUUGUUCAGGGAAAGUGAGCCAGCC